AUGGCUUCUGGCAUCUCCAAGCCUGCUUUCUGUCAGCCAUCGGACACCGCAGAUAUCUCGGUUUUUGAUAGUGAUGGAAGACUGGUCGCCACGGAUUUCAACGACAAUGAGGAGUUUACGCAGUAUAUUCAAAAAAGCGCAUGUCCUAACUUGCGGAUCGUCUCGAUAUAUUCCCAGAUCUCUAUCUUGCCCCUCAAAAUAUCCAAGGAUGCGCUAGAGACACUAAGAAUUAAAUACAGUAUUGGACCAGAAUUAUGCGAUCUAGCUUCGAUGUUUGGCAACAAACCACUUAGUGCUGGCGCGGGUGAGGGGGCGAUAACGGUUCAAGAAAGAGACAAUGGAAUCAAAGAUAUCAGUUUUAGUUUUACUUUUCCGGUGCAAACUGGGGCUGACCGUUGGACUAUGCGGCAGGUGGGAGUUUUCCACAGCCACGAUCCCAUGGGCAUCAAGAAUCUUUGGAUAUUUCUCCACGUCGGGCCCAACACGCCGGCGCAGCGAGAAAUUGAAAUUUUCGCAUCUCAGGUCUCUCAGCGUGCUGCGGAUGCUACUUGGUUUGCAUUACAUUCCGCUGCACUCUCUCCUUAUCUGGGCUCCUGGCGCUCCUACGUAAAUUAUCUCGGGUUCAAAGUGGAUCACUUUGUUGAUCAUUCACUGACCCUUAUCCUGUCGGAGAUUGAAAAUUCUACUUGGACUAACGAGAAACUCAAAGACCUUCAUUACUACGGCGAUCUUAUCUUGCCCAUUCGGUUUAGACUAGAGGUGGCGAUAGCAACUCUAGCAAAGCUACGAGAUUUGAGCAAGGAGUUCUCUUCCACUCAGGAUGAUGUUAAUGGUGGCUUUUCAAGACUUGCCACGCAUACCGCAUACCACAAAAUACGUCUUGAGAGGCUCGUGGCUGGGUCAGAAGUGAUUGGUCACAAGGUAAAAGAUGUUUUGGACAAGUUGGAAAUAGUAGUAAAUCUGCGGCUCAAUAAUAAAAUGCUCGACCUCAGCAAUAGGAUGGUGGAGUUGAACAAUCGCUUACUCACCGUCAAUGGUGGAUUACUUGAGCUUGGAAAGGAAAAUUUUGAUGAAAAUGCCACGGUCAAAGUGGUGACGUUGGUGACCUUGAUCUACUUGCCUGCAAGCCUUGUCUCAUCUGUUUUGGGAAUGAAUCUGUUCAAGUUUGGUGAUGGCACGACAGAAAACUUCACGAUAUCCAGGCAGUUUUGGAUAUUUGUCGUCGCUACUGCCAUAUUGGCAAUUAUAACCGUCGGCUGUUGGUUUAUUUGGACUCAUAAAGAACGCCUUAAGAGAGGGAAACAUCGGCUUCUGUUCCCAAAAUCUCAAAUCCUGGAAUCAGUCGAUAGGGAAAUUGGGAACUAA